AAGUGAAGUAAGUAAUAUGGUGCCUUGUUAUGGGAUUUCCCAAGACCCAGCAGGUAAUUAUAUUAUGGUCAUGAAGUAUAUGAAAGAGGGAAAUUUAAGAGAAUAUUUAAGGAGGAAUUAUCGGAAGUUAAAGUUUUAUGAUGAAGAUGAGUAUGGAAACAUUAAAAGUAGCAAACUUAAAUUCCUACAACAAAUCAUUCAAGGUUUAAAAGAUAUUCAUCGGAAGAACUUGGUGCAUCGGGAUUUUCAUGGUGGGAAUAUUAUUGUUGGUAUAAGCAAAAAUGUUUUUGGUGAUAAGAAAAAUACAUGUCAUAUCACCGACCUAGGCUUAACCAAGCCAAUUAAUGAAACAGAUAAUGGUAAGGUUUUUGGAGUAGUUCCUUAUAUGGCACCCGAAGUAUUGAGAGGAGAAAAAUAUACCCAAGCAUCCGACAUUUACUCCUUAGGCAUGGUUAUGUAUGAGAUAAUUACUGGUUGCCCUCCUUUUGCUCAGUCAGCUCAUGAUGUUAAUUUAGCCUUACAGAUUUGUCAAGGAGCCAGACCGCAGUUUCCUCAACAAGUCAAAUAUCCUCAAUUACUAAUAGAUUUAAUUAAAAGAUGUUGA